AUGUCGUCCCCAAAACGGGCCACUGUUUCUUUGGGUGAUUAUCAUGAUCAUAGACUUGGGCCAAUUCCAGUUGCUGCUGGUAAUGACAAUUGCUAUUUCCUCAUCAUUGCUGAAGAUGACUCUAAAUAUAAUGUUGUUGCACAAAAUGAUAGGAAAACUGCAUUUGCUUGGAAGGACUCGUAUCAAAAUUAUUCCAAAGUGAAUUAUGUAAAUAUCGAGAUCAGCGGAAAUGAUGAUGCGAAUCAUUCACCGAAUCACUUUGAAUUGAACUCGAUCAAGUCAGUUGAAUCUAGAGGCGAUGAUAAUCAAGUUGUUCCUGCAAACACCGGAGCUGAAUCCGAAAUUGACCAAUUUACUGGAUCGAAAAGACUUCCCACUCCAGUUGUUGCUCCUGAUGAAGCUGCAUAUUAUCUCACCGUUGUUCAUGAUAUCCUCGGAUAUUUGGUUCUUACACCAAAUGCUACUCGAUUAUUAGCUGUUCCCAUCUUAGUACACAAUAUCACAUUCACUCAACGACUAUCUCAUAAAACUGCUCAUACAGUCAGAACUAAAAACAAGUUUCCAUCCAAACCGAUCAAAGAGAUUUUUUCAUCUGAAGAAACCAAACAAGAAAUGUCGAAUCUUUGCGAGUCUCAUUGCAACGAUAUAUCGAAAGAGAAGAGCAAAAUGGUUGACCAAAAUAUUGACAUCGGAUCAGAUGAUGAAGAGAAAGACUGUCUCCAAGAUAAUGAAUUGGACUCGAAAAUAUUUGUAGCAUCCACUAAUGGUAGUAGCGAAGUAGCUGAUGAGAACAGCAGUGGAAAAUAUGAUAGGGACCAACUUUGCACAACCAAUAGAGCUCAUCAAGAGGAUUCUCAUCAAAUAAGAAUUGGGCCUAAGUGA